AUGCUGAAACUAUUUAUCCUGCAGGAUUAAAAAAUAAAAUAAAAUAAAAUUAGUACAAAUAAAAUAAAUAUAGUAAAAAUAGUGUCAACUCAGUGUGACCAGUAAUCUCAGUCUGGCUUUAAAAUCAAUCUCCUUUUUUUUCUUUUCUAAUUUUGCAGCACAUAUCUGAACACCAUCAGCUCCUAUGAACCGCCUCGACCUGCUGCAUGCGGACAACCUGGUUUGGUGCAAAACAGGAAGCCUACAAGGCAGAUAAAUAUCCCUGCAGCUCGACAUUGCAAAACCUUUUUUUCUCCAACUACUGCAAUAUUUUGUGGGUUUGCACCUGAAACAAUUCCUCCUCGUCGCCCGUUUCAGCCGCUCGAGGAGGACGGUGCCAAACCAGGAAGUGCGCGGCGGCGGCGCAGCGCGUGGCUCCACCUCGACGCCCUCCGACGUUAAACUGACUCGUCGCUCCACAUUUCGGUCACUGCAUCAUCAGCGCUGACGUGGAAACUACGUGAGCGCGGGCACACGGCGUCCACCCACACUGUCACCGGUGACGAGUCACACCACGUAAAAAGUUCGGUAGCUGACUAUGGAGACCUCACUAUCGCCUCAGCUGGACAGCAGUUUGAACGAGUCGCUGACGGAUGGAGAAGAGAACCAAAGUGAAACCAGUCUGUCUUCUUCAGACCUUAAUCAGGUGUCGGUUACUGCAGAGUGUUCUGGUGUGACUGUUGUCCAGCUGUCCGACGGUCAGACAGUGCAGGUUCAAGGAGUCAUCCAGGCCCCUCAGACGUCUGUUAUACAGCCGCCACAAGUGCAGACUGUCCAGAUUGCUACCGUGGCAGAGCUGGAGGAUGACGAGACAGUUGCAGACGUGCAGAAGAGACGGGAGAUUCUCACCAGGCGUCCGUCUUAUCGAAAAAUUCUUAACGAGCUUUCGUCGGAUUCGCCGGCAGUUCCUAAAAUCGACGAGGAAAAGAUGGAAGAUGAGACGCUGCCCCUCUCCAGCAGCCCAUCGACGUCUGUGCCAACGUCCAUCUACCAGACCAGCUCUGGACAGUACAUUGCGAUCGGCCAGGGCAGAGCCAUCCAGCUGACCAAUCCCGGAGUUGAAGCCCUUCAAGGGGCCCAGACCCUGACGGUGACCAGCUCUGCAGCCCCACAGCCCGGAGCCACCAUCCUGCAGUGUGCAGCUCAGUCGGGAGACUCCCCACAGCAGUUCUACAUCCAGGGAGGACAGAUGCUCAUCCAAGCUGCCACAGGAGACAUCCCCGCCUACCAGCUGCGUUCGCCCAACUCGGGUCUGGCUCAGAGCAUCGUGAUGGCGGCGUCUCCGGGCGGCAUGCAGAGUCCAUCGUCGCAGCAUGCCGAAGAAAUCACCCGCAAGAGGGAGGUCAGGCUGAUGAAGAACAGGGAAGCAGCUCGCGAGUGCCGCAGGAAAAAGAAAGAGUACGUCAAGUGUCUGGAAAACCGCGUGGCCGUGUUGGAAAACCAAAACAAGACCCUGAUUGAAGAGCUGAAAGCACUGAAGGACAUUUACUGCCACAAAGCUGAGUAGCGGCGGUUUUGCUUGUGGUCACGGCUGAAGACAGUUUACAAACUGCUACAGCGAAAAAGAAAAAAAAAAGCAACAAAAAAAAAAAAGAAGAAGAAGAAAAGACUCUGGAACAAAAACUGCUUUGACCGUCUUUGUUUCUCCGCUCACUCAGACCUGAUUUACGCCAAAAUUCAGAAGUGUUGUGGAGAUUUCAAACAGCUUGCCAGUUUCUGCUCUCGUUCUUAUCUUGUGCUCUUUGCAUGACUCAAGUGUUAAACACACUGCGCUUGCUGUUGCUGUUGUGCACGAGGCGAGGCCAGCCUAUGAGAGCCAGCUGAAGAAGUAGAAAAAGAAGAAGAAGAAGAAGAAGAAGAAGCACAGGAAGUGCAAACACAGGUGCUUCCUGAAAAUGUGCCGCCGCUUGACUACAGCGAGAAUAAAACAACCUCGAGGGGUCUGGCCAGGUCUUGCUGCCAGCAAGUUUUCCAGAUGAGGUCAGGUGAGGUGCACAUGAAGCUCCGCAGAUCCACCAGCAGCUGCAACAAGCAACUCCAACCAUGUUUACCUGAUCUGCAUUUGUGUAAUUUAUGCUUCUGUUUUUUUGGUCGUUGCAUUCCUUCACGUGGAAACUACCGAGGAGAAGUAUCGUCAAGCGUUCAGUCCGUAAAGUGAUUUCCUGGAUUUCCCUCAUUUUCAGUUUGUUUUAAGGUUGCAAACAAGCGAAAUAGAAGAAUUCAACAUUCAAAUCCUCGUUACGUUUGGUUGCUUCUGCACAGAUUGUUGAAAUGAUUUGAAUCAGGUUCGCAAAAGUCCAAAAGAAUCUUUAUUUUUUCAUUACUAAGGUGAACUAAUUGUGAAACGAAAGAACAGAGCCGGUCUAUAGUCAAAGCACAGAAUAUAUUGAAGUAUCAGAUUUUAUUUUCUAUUAACAAAUAUACAAACAAUUUCACUCGAAAAACUUAAUAUAUAUUCUACAAAAUAAAUGUUACCUACUGAGUAGUCGCGUUAAAAGUUGAUUUGCUUGUUCUAUCUUGAAAAAUAUUAAAUUUGUAGAUUAAUAUUUUACAAUGAUGCACAGCUCCAAGAACAACGGUUUCCUGGCAAGCAUCACUUUUGUUUUUAGAAAUGAUGGAUAUCCAUUUUCAAAUUAAACUGUAUUUGAUUAUGGCUUGAUAUUAAAAAUGCUCUGUUUAAAGGGUGAUGCCAAUUUCUCUAUUUGUUUUUUUUUUUUGUAAAGAUGUUUUAUUUUAAAUAUAUAUAAUAUAUCAUCUUGUGUUCAUGUUUCUGGUGAUAUUGGAAACUGCUCGCUUUCUCUGUUUCUGUUGAUGUAGUUGUUGAGUUUUGUUCCGGUGAUUCUAUUUUAUUAAUAUAUUUCAUUUUCUGUUCAGCACGUAGAAAAAGAGCAACAGACCCGAGCGUAUGUUGCACUUCGGCUGCCAAAGCUAUUUAAGUAACAGUUUGGUAUUUGUCUGCCGUUUAGCUCAAUGACAACAGUGUGAGUCAUCCUGUGGCAGUCUCGAUAUUUACCAGCCAAAUACCUGUCAUGGUUUGUAUUCUCAGAGGAGCACCCAUUCUGUUCGAGUCCAUUGAAACGCAAGUGAUGCUAAAAUUCAGGUUUUCUUUGAUAUCAAGUGAGGUGAACAUUAUUCUGCACUUAGUUUUCGCUGUUUUAAAUGGCUCCAAAUUUUACCAGGUGUUUUCUUAAUGUACUUCCUUGUUUGAAUUGUAAAACUAUUUUUUGUUUAUCUAAUAAAAUUAUUAAAUUUGA